CACCAUUCACGAGGAGCUCACGGUUGGUUGCACGACACGCUUUAUGAAAAUAUAGUCUGUCCUAUUGGAGUUUCCGCGCAACAUCAUUCGGCGAUGGGUAUCAAACACUUGUACCAGCUCAUUAAUGAGAACUGUCCUGAUGCGAUCAAGACGGGUGAAAUCAAAAAUCAGUUUGGUCGCAAGGUGGCCAUAGAUGCCUCCAUGUCCAUAUACUCCUUCCUUAUAGCGGUCCGUAGCGAUGGCCAACAACUCAUGUCUGAUACGGGAGAGACUACCUCUCACCUCAUGGGCAUGUUCUACCGUACCCUACGCAUCGUCGAUAACGGAAUAAAACCUCUUUAUGUUUUCGACGGAGCACCACCCAAACUAAAGUCUGGCGAGCUGGCGAAAAGAUUUCAGCGCAAAGCUGAAGCACUAGAACAGCAUGAGGAGGCGAAAGAGACAGGUACUGCCGAGGAAGUGGAACGUUUCUCGAGACGAACUGUACGAGUUACUCGUGAGCACAAUGCUGAGUGCCAGCGACUGCUUAAGCUCAUGGGUAUUCCGUAUAUCGUAGCGCCUACAGAGGCAGAAGCACAGUGCGCUGUAUUGGCUCGCGCUGGUAAAGUUUAUGCCGCUGCUUCUGAGGAUAUGGAUACACUUACUUUCAAUUCACCCGUCUUGCUCAGACAUCUUACCUUUUCCGAGCAGCGAAAGGAGCCUAUACAAGAGAUUCAUCUGGAUAAGGUUCUUCAGGGACUGGAAAUGAACCUCGAGCAGUUUAUCGACUUAUGCAUACUGCUAGGCUGUGACUACGUUGACCCUAUCAAGGGCAUUGGUCCUUCUACUGCGCUCAAGCUCAUACGCGAACAUAAGAACCUCGAAGGUGUUGUUAAGCAUUUCAAAUCCGGGAAUAAAUACACCGUUCCUGAAGACUGGCCGUACAAAGACGCACGGCUUCUUUUCCUUGAGCCAGACGUACGUCCUGCAGAUGACCCGCAGUGUGACUUUAAAUGGGAGGCUCCUGACGUGGAAGGACUUGUCAAGUUCCUGGUCGAAGAGAAAGGGUUUAAUGAGGACAGGGUGAGAUCUGGCGCGGAAAAAUUAAAGAAAAAUUUGAAAACCGCGCAGCAGUCACGACUGGAGGGAUUCUUCAAGCCGGUACAACGCUCCAAAGAAGAACAGGAAAAGCUAAAACGCAAACAAGAGGAGAAGAUACAGGAGGCAAAAAAGAAAAAGAAGGAGGAAGCGAAGGAGAAAAAGGCUGCGAAGUCGAAGCCUAGAGGCACUGGUGCCGCUUGAGAAGGUAGAAAAAAUGAUACCAAUAUGCAUUGCUUUUGAAUUUUGAGGGAGCCGGCUGGUUAUAUCAUGAAUACGCUCUUCUCAGGUGACGACGGACGGAUGGGAACUUGCGAUGUCUAGCAGAUGCUAACACUGUAAUCUUCUGCUCCAAUACCGCAACUUCGAGUUCUAUAUUCACGGGAUUAAAGCGACCAUGCUUGUUUUACCCCAUAUGUUAAGUUUAGAACUACGGUUCAACUGAUAUUCUCGAGGGCAGUGUAGUCGGUCAAUCGUCAUCGCUGUCAUCUGAAUCCUCCAAUCCAAAUCUUGCA